CCCUGCUGGAACGCGGAGCUGCCGAGCGGGCUGUCGGCCAUUUUGUGAAGCGGCGAAAGAGGUGGUGGCUGCUGUGGGCUCCGGGAAGCCGUUCGGGCUGGGGCUGUCGGCCGCGGGGCGGAGGCACUCGCGCGGGGGGUAACUCGGGUCUGGGUUCGGGUGCCGCGCAGCUCUCCCCGGAUUGACUUGGCCUCUACUUCUUGUUAAGAAAAUACAUCUCUUGUUUUAUCAGGUGUGUGUGGUUUCAGCGCAGCAUGGCUGUGGUCAUCCGUUUGCAAGGUCUCCCAAUUGUGGCGGGGACCAUGGACAUUCGCCACUUCUUCUCUGGAUUGACCAUCCCUGAUGGGGGCGUGCAUAUUGUAGGGGGUGAACUGGGUGAGGCUUUCAUCGUUUUUGCCACUGAUGAAGAUGCAAGGCUUGGUAUGAUGCGCACAGGUGGUACAAUUAAAGGGUCAAAAGUAACACUUUUGUUGAGUAGUAAAACGGAAAUGCAGAAUAUGAUUGAACUGAGUCGUAGGCGUUUUGAAACUGCCAACUUAGAUAUACCACCAGCAAAUGCUAGUAGAUCAGGACCGCCACCUAGCUCAGGAAUGGGUGGCAGGGUAAACUUGCCUACAACAGUACCUAACUUUAAUAAUCCUUCACCCAGUGUAGUUACUGCCGCUACAUCGGUUCAUGAAAGCAACAAAAACAUACAGACAUUUUCCACAGCCAGCAUAGGAACGGCUCCUCCAAAUAUGGGGGCUUCUUUUGGGAGCCCAACGUUUAGCUCAACCAUUCCAAGCACAGCGUCUCCAAUGAACACAGUCCCACCACCACCAAUUCCUCCAAUCCCAGCGAUGCCAUCUUUGCCACCAAUGCCGUCCAUUCCCCCAAUACCAGUUCCUCCUCCGGUACCUACAUUGCCUCCUGUGCCUCCUGUGCCCCCAAUCCCCCCAGUCCCUUCUGUGCCACCCAUGACCCCACUGCCACCCAUGUCAGGCAUGCCACCCUUGAACCCGCCACCUGUGGCACCUCUACCUGCUGGAAUGAAUGGCUCUGGAGCACCUAUGAAUCUGAACAAUAACCUGAACCCUGUGUUUCUGGGUCCAUUGAAUCCUGUUAACCCUAUCCAGAUGAACUCUCAAAGCAGUGUGAAACCACUUCCCAUCAACCCCGAUGAUCUGUAUGUCAGUGUACAUGGUAUGCCCUUUUCUGCAAUGGAAAAUGAUGUCAGAGAUUUUUUCCAUGGGCUCCGUGUUGAUGCAGUGCAUUUGUUGAAAGAUCAUGUAGGUCGAAAUAAUGGGAACGGAUUGGUUAAAUUUCUCUCCCCUCAAGAUACAUUUGAAGCUUUGAAAAGAAACAGAAUGCUGAUGAUUCAACGCUAUGUGGAAGUUAGUCCUGCCACAGAGAGACAGUGGGUAGCUGCUGGAGGCCAUAUCACUUUUAAGCAAAGUAUAGGACCUUCUGGACAAACCCAUCCCCCACCUCAGACACUUCCCAGGUCAAAAUCGCCCAGUGGGCAGAAAAGGUCGAGGUCAAGAUCACCACAUGAGGCUGGUUUUUGUGUUUACUUGAAAGGGCUACCAUUUGAAGCAGAAAACAAACAUGUCAUUGAUUUUUUUAAAAAGUUGGAUAUUGUGGAAGAUAGUAUUUAUAUCGCUUAUGGACCCAAUGGGAAAGCAACUGGUGAAGGCUUCGUAGAAUUCAGAAAUGAGGCUGACUAUAAGGCUGCUCUGUGUCGUCAUAAACAAUACAUGGGCAAUCGCUUUAUUCAAGUUCAUCCAAUUACUAAGAAAGGUAUGCUAGAAAAGAUAGAUAUGAUUCGUAAAAGACUGCAGAACUUCAGCUAUGACCAGAGGGAAAUGAUGUUAAAUCCGGAGGGGGAUGUCAGCUCUGCCAAAGUCUGUGCUCACAUAACAAAUAUUCCAUUCAGCAUUACCAAGAUGGAUGUUCUUCAGUUCCUAGAAGGAAUCCCAGUGGAUGAAAAUGCUGUACAUGUUCUUGUUGAUAACAAUGGGCAAGGUCUAGGACAGGCAUUGGUUCAGUUUAAAAAUGAAGAUGAUGCACGUAAGUCUGAACGCUUACACCGUAAAAAACUUAACGGGAGAGAAGCUUUUGUUCAUGUAGUUACUCUAGAAGAUAUGAGAGAAAUUGAGAAAAAUCCCCCUGCCCAAGGAAAAAAAGGGUUAAAGAUACCUGUGCCAGGUAAUCCUGCAGUUCCAGGAGUGCCCAGUGUGGGAAUGCCCAAUGCGGGAAUGCCCAGUACAGGAAUGCCCGGUACGGGAAUGCCCGGUGCGGGAAUGCCUGGUACAGGAAUGCCCGGUGCUGGAAUGCCUGGUGCCGGAAUGCCCGGUGCCGGAAUGCCUGGUGCGGGAAUGCCCGGUGGAGGAAUGCCUGGUGCAGGAGGUGAAGAACAUGCCUUCCUGACUGUAGGAUCUAAGGAGGCCAACAAUGGGCCUCCAUUUAACUUUCCUGGUAAUUUUGGCGGGUCGAAUGCCUUUGGGCCACCACUCCCUCCUCCAGGAUUAGGAGGGGCCUUUGGUGAUGCUAGGCCUGGUAUGCCUUCAGUUGGAAAUAGUGGUUUGCCUGGUCUAGGACUGGAUGUUCCAGGUUUUGGAGGUGGACCAAAUAAUUUAAGUGGGCCAGGAUUUGCAGGAGGCCCUCAGAAUUUUGGAAAUGGCCCUGGUAGUUUAGGUGGCCCCCCAGGUUUUGGAAGUGGCCCUCCUGGUCUUGGAAGUGCACCUGGGCAUUUGAGUGGGCCGCCAGCCUUUGGGCCUGGCCCUGGGCCUGGGCCUGGCCCAAUUCACAUUGGUGGACCCCCUGGCUUUGGAUCUAGUUCUGGAAAACCAGGACCAACAGUAAUUAAAGUGCAGAAUAUGCCCUUUACUGUGUCUAUUGAUGAGAUUUUAGAUUUCUUUUAUGGCUAUCAAGUGAUCCCAGGCUCAGUGUGUUUAAAAUACAAUGAAAAAGGUAUGCCCACAGGCGAAGCCAUGGUGGCCUUUGAAUCUCGGGAUGAAGCCACAGCCGCUGUCAUUGACUUAAAUGACAGACCUAUAGGCUCAAGGAAAGUAAAACUUGUCUUAGGGUAGCUGUUCACAUCAAUUCUUUAUAGGGUAGAUCUUCAUAGUGCUGUGAUUAAUGCAUCCAGAUUGUUUUCCUAGUAUUUCCAGGUUAGAACCUGUGGAUUGUUUCAAUUGCAUAUAGAUUGGUUUCUAUAACAUAGAGCAUUGGUUGACUGUUUACAGAAGAUUCACUACCAGUAUAAAUAUUGCUGUAUGUUACAGUAAAGCUAUCUGGAGAGAACACAAAAAUGAUUUUGGCAUACCAUUAGAGAAACCAUUUGUAAAACACAAAUGACCAUAUAAAGCUUAUCAAGGAGUCUCUAGAUUGGUUUUGUUUUAUAUCAUAUGAGAUGAAGAAAAUAGAAAUGUCAAUAGAGCUCAUUAAGGGUGCUCUUGCCAGCUGCUGAAAAAUAGAAGUUGGCUACUCUUGGAAUUUGGUUUAAAGCUGGACAGAUUUGCUUUGUUAUAGGGUCAAAGCUUUGUCUAAAGUCCUCAUUUUCUUUUAAAAUUGAAUAAAAUCUCUGUAUACAGAUUCACUGUAUGUACCUUUAUUGCUUCUUGAGGGUUCUUGCUGUAUAGACAGUCCUGCUUCUGAAGUUGCUGCUUUUUUGUUUGCCUAAUUGACUCAUUUGUAAAUGAGCAGAACUGUUCUUGUUGUUGUUGUUUUAAUAUAAAAUUCCACACUUGGUUUGUGCUAUAACCUUGAACUUUGAUUUCUAAUGUCACACUUAAAACUGUGUGAAAUAAGUACUUUUGCCACAAAAAUAAAAUAUGGAGUCCUCUACCUACCAGAGCCUUUUUGGUUUGACCGCCACGUUUUAGUUUAGUCAGUUUAAAAAUUGUUCAUGUUGUUUGGAUGGCAUCAAAAACCCGAAACCACUUGUAAUAAUCAUUGCUUAAGAUGCUGGAUUUGAAGUCCUUUCCAUGAUGGACUGAUAUUCUGGCAAUUUUGUUCUGUCCCAAAUUUGUGUGAAAUUUUGGCCUGUAACUAAACAAAGAGGGUCCAUUUAUAAGAAAGAGCAUUAUUAUAUCUAGUUUUGUUUUUUUUUUAACUGAAGUUGAAAUUGUUAGCUUUGUUAGCAAUAGUGUUAUAGAAUAAAAGAUCCAUAAGUGGUUCCAUAGAUGUGCAUUUAAUCCUGUUACUUUGGGGGCUUUUUGGUCUAGUUGUUUGAUCAGGAGCCUAUUUAUAAAGAUUCUUCAUAAGGAGUACAAGUGCAGAGUACAAGUGCAGCUGCCAGAGGGGAGAGAAUUGAGACUCUUUGCCCUUUCAUACUCUUUUCUUUGGCAUUCAGGACACUAAGGCAGGAGGACCACAUGGGUUCUGGUUGGUAAGUGUCCUUGUCAUGAAAACAUUUGCCUUACAACAUCCUGCUCACUGAUACAAAAGGCUCUACUUAUGGUUACUUUCCUUCUUAGUUAAAAUGCUCUAAAGAUGUGUCACAUUAUAUUAUAAACAUAUGGAAUGGGAGAUUGGUGAGAUAUCAUGAAAAACAAAUUUUGUCUUACUUGGGCCUCUGUCUUGGUUUGAAACAUUCCCAACAUUUCUUGCAAAUCAAUGUACUUACAAAGGGGUCAGCCUUUUAAAAGAAGUAUUUCCUGUUAAAAAAAAAAAAUAGUGCCUUUUUGGUGUUGCAAGUCAGUGGAACACUGAAAUACAGAGUCUCGUAUAAUUUAGAGUUAAGAGUGGUAACAGUUUCAUUUGUGUGAUAAGAUUUGGAGAGACUUUUCAUCACUACAAUCUUAGAGGAUUGACAGUACAGGAUUUUUUGUUUAGGGAGAGGAUUAUUUAGACUUUCAAAGAAGACAUGGCUGUGUUGUGGGUCUUUUGACAAUUCAUGAAUGCAUAUUCGCUUUGACAGAUCACUAGAUACUGCCUCCUCAACUAAAAAAGCAAUAUGAUGUUUAUAUAUGCUGUUCAAUUUAAGUUUUCUAUUAAGUAAUCAUUUCUCAUUCCAAAGACCAAGUGCAGAAAACUUCAGCGCUGCUUGGGAGUCUUAUUUCAACUGCAGUUUAUUUUCCCCAUUGGAGAGCUGACUAUUUUCAUUUUAGAAAAAUGGGUUGUUUGAAGAUGAAAGCCUUUUAUCUUUUUUCCACAGUUUAUUUUGGUUAUAUGUUCGUACAAUCUUAUUAAAUAUUUCAUAUACUUUAUUGCAACUACUUUGUUAUUUCUACAUCUCAGAUAAAUGCUGAAAAGGAAAACUUGAUUUCAUUGUUCAUCAAAUUAAAUAAAUUAAGAAAAUAGUGGUUUGUGUAGAAAUUGGAGAGAACUGUGUUUCAUAUUUGGUUGAGUCACAACAGUGCUUCUCGUUGUGAAAUGUAAUUAAAUGCUUUGCCCUCUGGAACUUGAUUUUUGUGUAUCUGAGACUUAUUAAUAUAGUGCUAACUGCUAAGCAUACUGUUCAUCUUGUUCUGGGCAUUGGAGUUUGAGUUUUAAAAAAUUCUUGAAAAUAUGCUCUGUGAAAUUAUUCAUACCUCUCUUCCUGCAAAUUUUCUUAUAACUAGGUUUGGGGUAAAAAUGAAUUUCUUUCUCAUUUGCUUUGUAUGGUAUGAAGGAUUUGUAAAGCUUUGCUUAAAGUUGUGUGCAUUUGUAAACACUAUCAUGAUAUUUUCAAUUUUCUGUGUAAAUUUUGUCUGUUUUUGGUGACAUGAACGGAAGAGAAUCUUUUCCUUUAGGAUUAAUUCCCUCCCCACCCCCUUGCUGGGGUGUUUUGGUUUUUUUAGUUUAAAGGAUUAGAGAAAUCUACAAAAUGUAUUUUAUAAAUAAGCAAUUUUGUAAACUUUUUCUGAACUCGGGUGAAACGUUUAGUUCACAAGCAAAAUUUGGAGGUGUAUUCUGUGUUUAAUACUGUAGUUUGGAUGUAUAAUUAUUAGUGGUGUUUUUUUUUUUGUUUGUUUGUUUUGUUUUUUUUUGUUUUUUUAACGCAACACUGUUAAGUGAAAUGUAGUUCCUAGCUUUGUGCUCCAAGUUGUCAAAGCAUCAACCGUGAAAAUUGCAUUAGGAAACUUUUUAUUCACAAUUUCAGAGAGUAAUGUUCAGUGUAAUUAGGUCAGUCUUAACACACUGGAUGAAAAUCUAGGGCCGUGUAUGUACGUAAGCAAACAUACCUUGGAUAAAAUAAGGAUCCAUGAAAGCCUUAAUCAAACUCAAAGUCCUUUUUAUUGGAUUCUGUCAUUGUGUACAGGCGUGGGUCAAGUGUUUAAAAAUAAAUCCACUCAUCAAUUUCAAGAACAUUUAAAAAUGAGUAAAGAAACUGUAAAGUUGCUGCUAGUUAAAUCUUCUGUAAGAAUUCCUGGCAGUGAUCACUUUUAAAACUUUCCCACUCUUGCAAAAUUACCACAUUUAAGUAGUUUUACCGGCAGUUCUACAGUAGUCCAAGCUUUAGAAACCAAACACAAUAAAACGAUUCAUUGCCAGUAUGGCCACAACAUUGCCAGCAAAUACUGCCUUGGCAUCAUUCAGCAGAGGUUUUUGUUUAUAAAGAUGAAGUCUUGAAUACUGUUCAAUAAACUUGUCACAAAAUAAAAGAGGCUGAUGCUUUUAAUGCUUUACACAAGAGUACUCUAUUGAGCUAUACCAUCAGGGUUUUUUGUUUAUUUGUUUUGUUUUGUUUUUAACUCCUACAAAUACUUUGUGCCUUUGGAAAGAUGGAUUUGGUGAUCUUGGAGGUAACCAUUGUUGCUUAUCCUUGUCUGCUAAUGCUGAAGUGUGGAAAGAAGAUACCUGGAACGGCAGGGAGGAAACUUGAUUCUAGGUCAAAUCUGUGGUAUCCACCUUUUCAGACUUUUAUCUUGUGUGCUUUGCUAGCAAGCCACUUCGUUAUGUGGACUCAGAAAGUAUGAGAAACCAGAUCUUUUUACAGAGGGAGUCUUAAAGGGGGCUGUGAAUUGUCUUUUUAAAAAACUGAUUAAGAAAUGGAAAAAAAUCUUCAGAAUGCAUUGUCAGUUGCACAUACUUCUAAAGCUUUUUCUUUUUUGUUUACUUAUUCUUGUAUGAGUAUGUGAGGUGUUUUGAGGUGUGGGAGAGGAAUCAAAAAUACUGCUGCUUUCUGACAUUGAUGCUCUGGUUUUGUCCCUUCCACAUUUGUUCAACUGCUAAAAAAAAUUAGCAAAUGAAAAGUUUCCAUAAACUCCAGAGGCCUUAAAAAAAUCUGGAUUGGAGUUGCAGAUAAACUAGUGGGCUAUUUCUUUAACCAAAGCUCUUGAAUAAUAUAACUUUUACCUUUAUCACGAAAGUUUUUAGUCUGUUUUGAGUUUCAAUACUGAAGUUGUUUUAGAGGGGUUUAGACUUAAACAUACUUAAUUCCAGGUGGUUGCUGAACUGUUCUAAAAUUAUGACGGUUUGACUAAGCAUUUGAAAAAUCACAGGGUGAAAUCAGCUGCCUACAGAUACCCAGAAUGGCCUUUACCAUCUUAAAGGGAUAGACCGUAUGCUAAUAAUACAUUUCGUUUUCUUGUUCAGGAGAGAGCCCUCACUUUGACUCAUUGUUGUCUGCUUUCCAGUGUUUUACAGCAAGAAGUGGUUUAUCAGUUUGUGCAUCGCCACCAUUCUCCUUACCCCCCAAAAGUAGAGCUUUUAUGGGAUAUGAGAAUCCGAAUCUAAGAAUAUGCUUUUUAAUUAAAAAAUUGUUUGGUGUCAGUUUUGUCUUUUUAGUAUAAAAUCUGAUAGAUUGCAUUGACUUAUCUAAAAUGUUCUGGAAAGAGUAUACUCUGGUGGUGGCACAAUUCUUUGAUGCUAUAGUGACUUUUCUGGAAAACCCCUUCUGUUUGUACCUGUUCAUGUAAAUGUUAAUUCUUUACUGUGCUUCCUGGAUUUAUUCUUGUUGCCUUGAGCUACUUUAUGCCAGAUGAUCUCAGAAGCUUCUUAGAAUAUGGCUCCUUUUCUGGAUCAGCGUAACUAACAAUGAGCAACUAAGGUGGCACUGCUUUUCUACAUAUUGCUCUACUACUGAAGAGUACAGAAGGGGCAAAAAAAAAUAAAGCCACUUGAUGAAAGCAUUCUAGCCCCAGGGGCAGAAAUCUGGUGGCAGGAAAUAGUGCUGAGGCAAAUCUCAUUAGCUGUUAUCUUUGAAUUCUUUUAAGAGGCCCAGGAACCUUUCCCUAGUGAAAAUGUUGAUAGUUAAAUCAUAGAUACUAAGAAAAGUUGUAGAGAAGUGGCUAAAUGACACAACAGACAUUGGAAUUGGCAUCCCAGCUGAACCAGACAUCUGGAUUCUGAUUUUAGUAACUUAAUAUUUCAAGUCAUUUUUCCCAGUCAGCCAAAGGCUGUUUCAUGUUGAGAGAAGGAGGAGGUGACUAUUUGGGGAAAAUAGAGGUAUGACCAGCAGUGGAACAUAAUUCAAUAUGGACAGAGUCAGAUGUUGAAGAAUUGUAACAGUCCCAGGAGUAAGUUGUGCUAUAUUCAAACAGGCUGCCCUUAGUGUUUGAUUCUCUCUACAUUCUGAUACUGCCUGUUUCCCGCCUUUUACCUGCUUACAAUACUAAAUCUGCUGGUAACCAGGGCCAUGAGUUUCUCACUGCUAUCUCUGUAGUCUAGACUCUUAAUGGUGGGGGGCUGGGGGGGGGGAGAUGUGACCUCACUCACCAUUCUUCAUAAAUAAGAUUUGUCAUUUAAGCAUUUGUGCUACAUACCAAAUGUAACAACCACAUUGUGCUACCAUAAGUCACCUGUUAGUCCUUGCAGAGUGGGGAAGGUUUAAGGGUAAAGAAAUUCAGCUACUUUAUUAAGGGAUCUUAAAUCAUACUAACUGGUGCUGUUGCUGAUUUCAUUUUCCUUUUGUUCCACUUGGAAGUGAGUUAAUGCCAUCCUCCACUACACUCCCCCACAUACAGUGUUGCUGUACAGAGAUGGUCAUGUCCUUUAUACAGAACUCGCUUUCUGUGGUGUGGGCCUAUGGGACCAUCAGGGUCCCUCUGCUAUAAAUCUGGCUAAAGUGGAAAGACUAAUGCAGCUCUUUCUGAAGUAGAUGCUUCCAGUUACCUUGCUUUGAUGAUCAUUGAAUUGACAGGUUGGAAUUGGAAAUGUCUUUUGCCUCUAAGCUUUUAAGACCGUUUCACAUGGAUAAUCAGCUUAGCCCUAGCAGUAACCCAUGCUAACUAAAUUUUUUGAGCAGUGUUAUGCGCCCAGUACUUCCAUGCUGUGGUAGAAAAGGAAACAAAAUAAAAUGCCUGUUCUUAAAGACCUAAGGUCUUAAAUUAUACAAGUAAGUGCUCCAUUGUACUUGUGCAUGUACAGGGUACACUCAUGUCCCACAGGAAAUGGAUAAAGGGUUUCCUGGCCAGUUGCUAAAUGGUCAGACAGAACAAGUGUAAUGGAAGCCUUGUGUGUAAGCUGAGGGAAGGCAUGAUCUCUAACCAAGGUUCUUGGGGACGUAAUAUUAAUUUAGUAAAACGAAAUGAUUAAUUGUGUGCGGGAACACAGUGGCACUACCUAAAAUGGUAUUUGUUCUGGAGGCUCUUAAAAUUGUUCCAUAACAGUGUAGCCUGAGUGGUGUGACUGAGCUGAAUGGUGAGUAAGGCAGGCAGGUAAGGGUUGGUACUAGGAGUGUCCUGACCUAGCAGAGGGAUAGAAUCUUUUAUCUUUUUAAUGACCUUUUGACUAGCUGCCGUAUACCACUUCUUAUAAACAAAUGGCCUAAUAAGACAUUCAUAAAUGGUCCAGAAUUAAGUGAAUUCCUCCAUCAAUUUAACCAGUUGUAUAUAGUUGACUAUCUGAAAUUCAUUCUUUUCUAGUUUUACAUUGAUUUGAUAUUUUUAGCUUUUCUGAAUGAGAUGUCCACUACUUUGUUCUUGUUAUUCCAGAUCAGCACUGUCCAGUAGAGUUUUGUCCAAUGGAAAUGUUCUCAUCUGCAUUCAUAUGCUGAUUAUUAGCCACUGUAGUAGCUACUUUUUUUUAAAAAAGUUUAUUUAUUUUGAGAGAGAGGGAGAGUGAAUUCCAAGUAGGCUCCACUGACAGUGCAGAGCGAGACAUGGGGCUCCAUCCCACCAACCAUGAGAUUAUGACCUGAGCUGAAAUCAAGAGUUGGACCACUUAACUGACUGAGCCACCCAGGUGCCCCUGUAGUAGCUAGUAUUAAAUUUAAUAAGCCACAUGUGGCUAGUGGCUACUGUAUCAAACAGCACAAUUCUACGUUCACAGAACAACAGAAAAUUUGCUUUUCCAUGUCUGAUCUUUGGAGAUUCCCCAUGUUAGGCAACACUGUCCAAUAGAAAUAAGAGUCACUUACACUAAUUAAAUUUUUCUAGUAGCCACGAAAAAGGUAAAACAAAACAAAAAAAACAAGUUAAUAAUACAUUUUAUUUAACUCAGUAUAUCCUGAAAUGUUACCAUUUCAGUAUAUACUCUAAAAAUUAUUGAGUUUUUUUACCAAAUUUUUAAUGUGUAUUUUAUAGCAUAUUGUGAUUUGAACUAAGCAUAUUUCAGGUGCUCAAUAUCCGCUUGUGGGUAGGAGGCCAUCCUUUUGGACAGUACAGAUUUAGAAUAUAAGAAAAGUUAUCCCCUGUCAUUUCUCUUAGCUGUGCUGCCUCUUUCAGCUGUGUGUUUACUUUUGAGUAUUUGAAUUUUGUUGUGUUCCUCCUAACCUUUCCCCUUCCUCUUAUGUUGGCAUGUUUUUUUGAGGCAGUUUAUUUGCCUCAGUUAACAUUUUUAUGGGCUACAGUUACCUUUUUCACUGACUAACUAGGUCUUACAUUAUAAACUUAUUAAUCCUGCAUCAGAAUCCAGCAGCAGAAGUAGAAUCUUUUCCCUUCUCCCCACCCCACCCCAUCCUACAUCCCAUCUACAGUGGCAAGUGGGCAGAUCAGUGUGUGUCUGUAAUGUGGUUUCCUUAUUGUUCAAGUCCUCUCUUUUAUUUCCCAACUUCUCUAACAUACAAAUUCUGAAGAAUAACCCAUUUUAAGACCUCCUGUGUAUCCCAAGUGGAUUUAUUCCAGUAAGGGGUGCUUGCAUUAUGAACAGUAGGUAGGUUUCUUUUUCUAAGGCUCUGGUCUGCUGCUGUUCACUCGGCUUCUUUAUACCAUACCUCACAUUGCACACUGGAAAUGCACUCGCUCUUACCAAUACCCUUUUCCUGGAGUUGCUCAGGAAGGUGGUCCAGUACUGUUGUCUUCUACACUAUGCAGGCAAUAGGCAGGAGUCUCGUUAAAAGAAGGUAGAUUAAAAGAAUGUAGAUUCCAGCAUUGUGGGCUGGUGGGCAGAAUUGGCGGCCUAGUAGGUGUUCUAUGUAAAUUUUGGUAUAAAUCACAUUUUCCUGAGUUCUACCUUGCAGAAUUUGUGCUUGUUAUUUAAAGUUUAUUUCUUUGAUAAGUCCUAUAAACGUGGAGUCUAGCAGUUCCUGUAUUCCUGCCCUGAUGGACAAAUAGAACAUGUGGUAGAUGCAGAAUUAUUUUCCAUCAGUGUAUAAGUCUAGUUGGUACAGGUCAUGGGAAGAGACCACAUGAGUCUCACUGCUCAUGUGGAGUGGCCAGGUGGAUUUCAGAUUGGACUGGAUUGCAAGGUGUGAGCUGUUGCUAAAAUGGGUGGAAAAGAACACAUUUUUAGGCAGUUUGGUUGUGGUUCAUUAGUUAUCGUGUGUCCCAGGGCUAAUCAUUUCCUUUCUCUGGUCUUAGUGUUUUAGAAAAUUAGAUUAAGCUAGAUAAUCUGAUUAUACCCAGUUUCAAGCUUCUGUGAGCCUGUGUACCCAGCCUUUCUGUUUCUGGAAGUUUGUAGGUAAUAUGAACCUUAAAACUGAAGAAAGGCCAGUGGAACUCAAAAUUUUGGUCUGGUGAUGGCUCUGCUGCUUUUUCUGAGUGUGACAGCAGUCUCACACUGCAGCUUGAGAAUUUCAUUAGGAGAGAAAAGUAGGGAGGGCCUUCAUUCCUGCCAGUUAGGUCCUCUGGGGCAGGUGGACCAGCAACAUUUUUCUUGGUUGUCCCAUGAACCGACAAGUUUGAUGAUGAUGCCACAAAAGGAUCCAUUUAUGAGUACUGAGAAUAGGAUCAGUUAACACAUUAUUGGGCACUUACUGUAUUAGUGUCAGGCAGGGCAUACUUUUCCAUCGUUGGCCUCAUUUAAUCCUCAAAAUAACCCUGUAAAGUUGGCACUAUUGUUAUUAUCCCCACCUUACAAUUGGGGGAAAUCCAGGGGAAAAGAAGCAAAGUGACUUGCUCAGUUUCAUUAAUAGUAAGGAUAAGCAGAUAAUAUUCAAUCAUAAGCUGUCUGCAUGACUCCAGAGGCAGAGCUCCUCCUUUAACUAGUGCCUGUCCCUUAUUUUGGGAGAUGUGAAGGGCCACUGGCAGCACCCUUCUGUCAGGGGUCUUGAGCUUGCUGGGGAAGGGACUCUGACCUUGCUCCAAUACUCUUUAUUUUGAAGUAGGCAGUUGGAGGCUUUGUGUAAACACAUCAGAGUCCUAGGGCACAGAACUCCCACCAGUACAGUCCUAUUUUGCUUGAAGGCUACGUGUUCUUCCUCAGUUUGCUUCUUUCCCCCCUAUCAAAUUCACUCCUCAAGCUAGGUUCUUUUUGAAUAGUUGGACACCAGUUGUAUUUGUUCAACUUUUGAUAAGUCUUUUGGGGAUAUUGAUGUAGUUUGACUUUCAAACUUUUUUGACUGUCACAGAAUAUAGUCACAGGAGAAACCCUGUGACUGUUUAUUGUACCAUAUUUUCCCCCCUUUUCACUUUUUGUGUGGCAUUCACAUUUUAAGCUUUAUAGUAUUGCCAAAUACAGUGGCAACCAGACUUCUAAGUAUCAUAUGGAUCUAAACCAAAUUAUUGCUUAACAUUUUAGUUUUAAACACAAUUUGAGUAGCCUAUGGUCAUAUGUAUUAAUAAAGACUGUGUAGUUUUAUAGUAAGGAUUUUUAAGUAAGGAUUUACAUAUUUUGUUCAGUUUGUGACCUGUGAGGCUGUCUUUGGGGCUGCUAAUUUAAAUUUGGGAAAUCUCUGUGUUAUACAGAAGGAGAAGCAGGGGUUAAAGAAAAACUUGUCUACUGUAUCCAUGUCUCUUGAUGAGGCAGAGAAGGAAAGGAACAGUGGUGGUGGGCAUAGUUUGUCUUUUUAAUCUGAAGGGAAAGGAGUAUUCCAUCCGUGGUGUUCUGCCCAUUGGGAGCCUGUGGAGAAUUUCCUGAUUGGCUUUCAGGACUUGAUCUAGCAUCUGAGCUGCUCCAGCAUGCCAAGGUAGGCAACAGGAGUGUGAGCAUGGCUUUGGUUUGUUGGAGUGAUCCUGCCACCCAUACAUUUUGGUGCUCUAUUCUCCUCUUCGAAGCCCGAAAAUGGGAUUGAAAUCUGUUUUUUUUUUUUUUCUUUGUUAGGACUUUGGGAAGGGAAGAGGGCAGUGUAGUUCCUAAACAUGAAGGAGUGCUCAACUGGCACUGAAUGGAUCCAGGUGGAUCCAGGAGAACAGAUCUGUUCUUGGAAUUUUGAAGGGCAGAGUUAGAAUCUCCAAGGCAGGGCAGGGGAUGCCAUAGAAAACAAAGGACAAGUUACUCCCUAUUGGCAAAGUGGGAUUCCCUAUCAACAAUAAUAAACUGGCUAGCUGCGGGAAGGGAAGCCCUGAUUUUUAAGAUUUGCCCCAUCUCUGUGGCUUAAACCUAAACCUUUACCAAAUUCACUUACAAAAUUAUGUCAUAUGUAC